AUUUGCUUCUCGCCAUUUGUUGAUCAAUUAUCAUUUAAUCGCGCAGGCACGUUUCAUUAUUGUAUGCGAAUCUAUCUAUAUGCAUAUAUAAUUUAACUUCAAGAGUUCCCAAUCAAGGCCAUUCAAUUCAGAUCUUCGUAUGUAGGAAAACCCGAUUUUUUAGACUAUUCUUCGACCCAUCCGGGGAUUUUCUGGAGGACAGAUCCACCACUGAAGUUGUGAAAUUGAUCAGUUCAGAAUCUUGUGUUGGAGAAACUCUCAAGUCUUGAUGCGUAUUAUUGGGUGGUGAUUGAAGGGGUUGAGGUUUCUUGAGCAGGAGAAUAUGUUUUGGAGGGAAAGGGAGCGGGAGAGCAAAGAGCAGAAUGGCGGUCCGCCUUGUGGACAGGUCAGGGUGCUUCUUGUUGGAGACUCAGGUGUGGGAAAGACCUCUCUUGUUCAUCUGAUUAUGAAAGGCUCUUCCAUUGCUCGCCCUCCUCAAACAAUUGGUUGUUCAGUAAGUGUGAAGCAUAUUACUUUUGGGAAUUCUGGUAGUUCAUCAAGUGGCACCCAAAACGACAGUGAAAGAGACUUUUUUGUUGAGCUUUGGGAUAUAUGUGGACAUGACCGAUACAAAGAUUGUCGAUCUCUAUUCUACUCUCAAAUCAAUGGUGUUGUUUUUAUCUACGAUCUCUCUCAAAGAAGGACAAAGUCAAGCUUGAGCAAGUGGGCUGCAGAAAUUGCAGCCACAGGAACCUUCUCAGCUCCUCUAGCUUCUGGAGGUCCUGGUGGCCUUCCAGUUCCUUACAUUGUCAUUGGCAAUAAAGCGGAUAUUGCAUCAAAAGAGGGCACUAGAGGGAGCAGUGGAAAUCUUGUUGAUGUAGCUCGGCAGUGGGUUGAGAAGCAGGGUUUUCUGCCAUCAAGUGAAGAACUUCCAUUGACUGAAAGUUUCCCUGGCAAUGGAGGCAUUUUCGCGGCUGCUAAAGAAGCAAGAUAUGACAAGGAAGCUUUGCAGAAAUUUUUUCGCAUGUUGAUAAGGAGGAGAUACUAUUCGGAUGACUUGCCCGGUAGCCCUUGGACUACAUCGGUUCACAAACCAUUGCAGCGGAGUGAAAUAUCAAGUGAUGAGGAUAACUCAUACAAGAGUUCAAGUUCAAGUUUCAUUGCGGACCCUUAUAAAUACAAUGCACUCCCUCCCCUACCAGCACAACGUAAUCUCACGCCACCUCCCACACUUUAUCCGCAGCAACCAAUGUUAACUCCCGAUAAUUAUAGCAUCCCCAGGUUUGCUUUGACAAGCUCCCAAGAAAUCAGCAGCACCAGAUCUAAGCGUACAGAUAUUAAUGUUUGAUGAUCUUGAUUCUUUUAGUCACAUCAUAGAGUACAUCUUCAAAGUUGGCGUAUAUUGGUCUUUAUGAUGAUAUUGUUAUUCUGUAAAAUGAUCUCUUAGUGCUUUAACUCAUGAAAGUGUUCUUUUUCAGUGUGAAAAGUAUGAUAUAAUGAUAGUCCAGCCUGAAAAACAGUUCAGUGUCUUGCAAACUUCAUUAAAAUUUUCUCUUCUUUUCAGUGGCAAGGGAAUUUGGGUUUUCUUGUUGGAUUUGUCUUACAUACAGACCACAAUUCUAUUGGAUUGAGUAUUGAAUUUAUAA